UUAAACUCGUGAAAGACCCCCUUAGUCCGAUCACAGCUGUAACCAUCCCGCCUUGCAAGCAACACUGUAGGAACAGUGUUUUUCCAUGUUCGAGAUCUGAACGUUUCUAUCUUGAACAUUUUUCCGUCGGACCGAGCCUCCCGGCUCUCGAGGACAAAAGAAGCAGACGACUUCAAGAAUCCUCCCUGAUCCAACCCAGACAGGAGUCUGUGUUGACCAGAACUUUUCCCCUGGAACCGAAAGCAGUGUCGCUGGCCGGCACAACCCGUUUCCCGUGGGACCCCUCUACAAAAUCAAAAUGGCCCCUCUCUGGAUCCUCUGCAUCUUCCUCGCCCUUCAGACCACACUGGCCAGCGACAUAGUGGAACCCGGCCCUCAGAGUGGCAUCGUACUCCAGGAUGCCCCCGGCCUGCUUCUCACCAAUUGCCGCGUCCACACUCAACGUGUAUAUGCCCGCCUUGACCCGUGGGACGUGUACCGCAAGCAUUUCAGGUCACCCUCUCAGAUGAACCUGGAAACUGGCCCUACUUCCGAGAUAGGAUCCAACAUCGAACACGCCAAGCGUACCACUAGCCACAUGCUCGAACAGCUGCAGAAAUUCAUCGUCACAGAAGAGGAACUGAGCGGCAAAGCCCGUCCCAAGCGUUUCCUAGGUGGACUUCUUACCGCUGCUUCUGCUAUCGGCUCCCUAUUCUCAGUAGGCCUCUCCGCCGUUAAUACUGUUAGCCUGACUGCCGUCAAGCGCGAAAUUAGCACACUUAAAGAGGAAAUGCCAGAAAUUCAGAGUAGGCUGCUAACCCAACAGGAGACGCUGCAGGACCUAGGCAAAACCCUGCAGGGAACCAUACUCGCUGUUAAUAUGCAUUCAACUCUCAUUAACAAUACUGUGCAUGCCGUAGACCGUUUAGCCACUAUCAUGAGAAGCGAAGUGAAGUACGUUCGAGUAAUUAGAGACUUAAUGCAAGAUCUGAUGCGAGAAGUAAGCAGCUCCCUCAGUACUCUGGGUGGAGGUAAAAUUCCACCAUAUCUAAUACCCCUUAGCAUGGUUGACAAUAUACUGCGAGCUACGACUACCACUAACGUUUACUCAUCACAAAUCCACCUGGCCUAUAGUCUUGGCAGCGCUAUUCCCAUUUUUGUCGAUCCUAAGAACCUAGAGAUAGGAUUCAUUCUUAAUCUUCCCAUCAUUGAGCGACAAAACAUUUACAGAAUUAAGUCGGUCCUUAAUGUAGGCUUUUGGAAUAGCGGCGUACACGUACGUCUCCAAACACCCCCUACUAUAGCCUAUCACGAUGACAACCCCUCUAUCUACCUUAUUCCCAACCUAGACAUGUGCACCUCAACCAAAGAUAUUCACUGGGUCUGCCCCAGUAAUCCCUUUAUCAGAGACACUACUGAUCGCCUCUGCGGACUGUCAAAGGUCCCAGACCAGAAGUGUGCCGCCCAACUGUCCACAAAGGACGAGGUUACGGAAACUAGAGUAGAGAGAGCCGGUAAUCGCUGGCUAAUCAACACACCCCAGACUGACAUUCUGAUAUCAUACGACCAGCAUAACACAGCCACUAGAAUGAAGCUCCCCAACCAGACUUCCCUCCUUAGUGUACCACUAGGGGCCACUGUUCAUGUAGGUGACAUCACGCUACACCACCUUAGCUCUGAUCAGUACGAAACAGAAGUGGAAAUGCCCAACGCAUUCCCUGGCCAUGAACUUGAGAUAAACGCCACCCUCCAAGAGCAAUUGCUUCUGGAAGGGACCAAAACUAUACAAUUCAGUCUUCACCCCACUGGUAUUGAUACUAUGUUUUUGCGCUAUCGUUCUACCCCCUCUUCUGAUCAAGGCUCCCUAAUCUACCAAAUUUCCCUGGGACUUCUCGUUAGUGGCUGGGUUAUCACUGUUUUCAUAGCCAUCACACUACACAGGUACAUACUGACAAUGCACCGCAAACUGCACCACGCGAUCUAUGUGCCAGAGAACUAUGAUCGCACCCGUGUCCGGUACUCCGUUGGACAGAGUGCCAACAUUAACUUUCCUGGAGAGUAG